AGUUUAGAUUCGCAAUUUACAUUUUAUCAUAAAAUACCUCCUCAUUCACUAAAUAUUUAUCUCUCCUACUUGGGGUGAACAAUCCCCUAACACACUCAUACAAACAAAUCUACUUUUAAACGUUCUGUCUCUCGAGCAUCCGCUUGGUGUUUGUAGCUUUAGCCUGCUAGCACCGCUGGUCAGCUAAAGCUACCAACCUCUUUCACUCACUAAUUUUCUCACUUUCUGGCUUUGCUCUUCACCUUGUACAAUGUCGCUUGCGUGUCUGUCCUUGAGUGCAGGAGAGGCAUCGAUGGAGGCGCUGGAGCUGGAGCUGGAAGCGGUGGAGUCCCAGAUUCGCUCGCUGGAGACGAAGCGAGAGGGCAUCAGAGCACUGCUCUUAACCCGUACUCGCUCGUCUGAGGUAAGUGUCCGAUACAACGACAAUCUCCCAGUUUCUUCAACCCCGCGUGUUUCUCUGUCCAGGCCCAGCGCACCGAGGACGCGGUGCACCCAGGCGUCGUUCACGCCGACUCCCGGCUACCACGGCCCCUGGGUGCAGCCGCGUAAGGUGCUUGCCAGGUCCCGGGGCAGAACGUCUCCUCCUCCGGUGUUCGAGAUCCCCACGGAGAACCGCUUCGCCCCUCUCCGCGAGACGGGUCGCGAUGUUGCCAUCAUUGGCGACUCAAUCGUCCGCCACGUCCGCUCCACUUCAUCCAAAGGUAACAAAGUACGCACUUUCUGCUUCCCUGGUGCCCGAGUUAAGAAUAUUUCUGCACAGAUACCUACUAUCCUGAGCGCUGCCGAGAGCCUCGGUGCCGCCGUCCUCCACGUGGGGACGAACGACACCGGGCUCCGGCAGACGGAGAUCCUGAAGAAGGACUUCAGGAGCCUGAUCGAGACGGUUCGACGCACUUCGCCCGCCACGCAGAUCAUCGUUUCUGGACCGCUUCCUACCUACCGCCGAGGAAAUGAAAGGUUCAGUAGACUUUUUGCUCUGAAUGAAUGGCUAUUAACAUGGUGUGAAGAACAGAAAUUGCUCUUUGCCAAUAACUGGAAUCUUUUCUGGGAGCGUCCUAGGCUUUUCCGCGCUGAUGGGCUGCACCCCAGUCGAGCUGGAGCUGAACUCCUGUCGGACAACAUCACCAGAACACUUCGCUCUAUCUGACUAGCCCCCAGACUAUGCAGAGUCACUGAUUCGAUCCAAGACCAACGACGAGAUGAUCCCAAGGUUUCCAUAUCCUGGACCUGGCCGAAUCCUGAACAACUACUGCGAUGGUCAUGGAGGAGUGGAGAACAUGAGACUGUUUCCUAUGACGCUCCAGAGACAGACGAGUCUUCGCUGAGGCCAGCUUCCAGCCUCCGCCACUGAGACUGCAGCUCUGCACAAGACGUUUGGCCAGCGGAGAAAUUAAAAUGGUCGUGCCCAACUGAGUCUGGUUUCUCUCAAGGUUUUUUUUCUUCACUUCCGCCUUUAGUGAAGUUUUUUUUCCCUCUCCGCUGUCGCCACUGGCUUGCAUGGUUCAGGAUCUGUAGAGCUGCGCAUCGUUGGAUUUGCUCUUCAGUGUUUGGACUCUCAGUAGUGAUUAUUAAACCACACUGAACUGAGCUCAACUGAACUGAACUUGAACACUACAAACUGAACUACACUGUUCCUAUUUAC